AUGAUACCUUUUGUUUGUCUUUGCGCAGUGACGAAGACGGUGUGCGCAGAGCAGUGCGACGGCCGCUGCUUCGGCCCCUACGUCAGUGACUGCUGCCAUCGAGAGUGCGCUGGGGGCUGCUCGGGGCCCAAGGACACCGACUGUUUUGCGUGCACUAACUUCAACGACAGCGGUGCGUGCGUGACCCAGUGCCCUCAGCCAUUCGUCUACAACCCCACGUCCUUCCAGCUGGAGCACAACCCCAGAGCCAAGUACACCUACGGGGCCUUCUGCGUGAAAAAGUGUCCACAUAACUUUGUGGUGGACCAUAGUUCAUGUGUGCGAGCGUGUCCGAGCAACAAGAUGGAGGUGGAGGAGAACCGGAUCAAGAUGUGUAUACCGUGCACGGAUAUCUGCCCGAAAGUGUGUGACGGCAUAGGCACAGGCAGUCUGCAGACAGCUCAAACCGUCGACGCCAGUAAUAUAGACAAGUUUGUCAACUGCACCAAAAUCAAUGGAAACCUCAUUUUUCUCAUCACUGGCAUUAAAGGGGACAUGUAUCACGGCAUCGGACCCAUGGACCCUGAGCGGCUGAACGUGUUCCGCACCGUCAAGGAGAUCACAGGUUUCCUCAACAUCCAGUCGUGGCCGGAAAACAUGACUGACUUGGGAGUGUUCUCUAACCUGGCAACCAUUGGGGGGAGGUCUCUGUACAGUGGCAGUGGGAUCUCGCUGCUGAUCCUGAAGCAGCGCUGGAUCUCCUCCCUACAGUUCCAGUCGUUGUCCGAGAUCAGCGCCGGGAACGUCUACAUUUUCAACAACAGCCGUUUGUGCUUCUAUAACACAGUCAACUGGACCUCCCUGUUCAGGACGUCCAGCCAGAAGGUCCUCAUCCGUAACAACAGGGACCCCAGGGAGUGCGUGGAGCAGAGGAUGGCGUGCGACCACAUGUGCUCAGAUGAGGGCUGCUGGGGCCCGGGGCCGGACCAGUGUCUCUCCUGCCGCUUCUUCCGCCGCGGACGCACCUGUGUGGAGGCCUGCAGCCUUUUUGACGGGGAGGUGCGGGAGUUCGCCAAUGGGUCUGUGUGCCUGGAGUGCGACGGCCAGUGUGACAAGAUGGACGGCGAUACCAUGACGUGCCUUGGACAGGGCCCAGACCAGUGCGUCAAAUGCCUGCACUUCAAAGACGGACCCAACUGUGUGGAGAAGUGUCCUGACGGCGUACAGGGCGCCCACGGCUUCAUCUUCAAAUAUGCCAAGGCCAACAACGAGUGUCACCCAUGCCACGCCAACUGCACCCAAGGAUGUGUGGGGCCAAGACUUAAAGACUGUGUAGGAUUGAUGGACAGGACCCCCCUGAUUGCAGCAGGUGUCAUCGGUGGCCUCUUCCUGAUGGUCAUCGUGGCCCUCAGCGUGGCUGUGUAUGUGCGUCGCAAGAGCAUUAAGAAGAAGCGAGCGCUGCGCCGCUUCCUGGAAACAGAAGACGUCACGUCGGUGUGUCACUAG